GCAGCUCAAGACUUUGAUUUCUUUGAUUUGCGCUUAGUUUCAACGAAGUUGAUGGUCAUGGGCCGUCCAAUGAUGGGAAGGAUUGCGCUUCUCCUUGCCCUGAUUCACAGCGCUGAAAGUGUCCGAAUGGCCGGCGAUUGCAAAGGCACAAAAGUUCCUAACAGCGCUGAGUCAUGUUCACAGAUCAAGGAUGCGAAGACAUGCUCAGAGUCUUAUGCCACAAUGGGCAAGUACUCCAUCCAGUGUGCCUUCAAUGGUGCUCAGUGCACAUCUCCCGGGCCGAAGUGCAUUCCAACUUCUUGCAAAUCGGAUAUUGCCACUGUCUCGCCGAGCAAGUUUUUCACUGGGACACGUGAGCUGAUGGCAAACAACUUGAAAGCUUGAGGUGACAGAAACUACGGUCUUGGCUGGUCUGGUGGUGGCUUGCUUCAAGGUGCAACUUUUUACCGAUUGUCAUAUGUGAAGUCACACUGGAAUGGCGUUACGCUCACAUUGAAUGGAGUCCAAGAUGCCACUGUCAUUCUCUGCUCAGAGCCUGGACGAGGCCGCGAUUGUGGAUACCCCACGUCACUUCCAAACGUUGGAUUCAAGAGCGAAGGGAACUUGCUAAACUGGAUGUACGGCACAAGCCCACAAAAGAUGGUCUGUGGCUUGGCCUAAUUGGUGCUGAUUUCAGUUGCCAAGACACUUACCAUGGUGGUGACAGGGCGCACACUGUUUGGCAGUUUCG